CCAAUUGGAAGUUGAUGGAGCUAAACUUGGGGCCAAUCUCGUUUGCUGGACAAAGUGAGUUUCGGAUGUGAGCUGAGGCCAGCUAUGAUUUGCUGAGGGUUUUAUUGUUUCUCUGUGGUGUCAGUGUCAAUGUAUUCGAAAGAAAUCCAUUUCUCUCUCUCCUUAAACAUCGUCACAUGUAAAUAGGGGGGUGGGGGAGGAGGAGAAAUCGAGUGUAACUUCCUCGGAUCUUUUUUUUAAAAAAAAAAUCCUCAUCUCUUCCACCCCCACCCCCCACUUUUUUUUUAAGAAAAAUGUCGAGUGAAGAAGUCUUGUAAAAUCAGUGCCUGCACAGAACAAGAGAGAGGGAGCAGCUUUAACUUUCUCCUGGUCCUGCGGUGUACAGGCAACAGUAUAGAUGUAGCACCUAUACACGCUGUGAGGGACUUGGAAACUUUAAAACACACACACACACACACAACUGUCUUCAGAGGGGGGAAGGAGGAGGAGGUGAACAAUUGGGAGAGAAAGAGAGACCAAAAAAAAAGGAAAUUCAUGUCAUUUGGAGAUGGAACAACGGGACAUCAGGAAGAGGCAGCUGUCAGCCCGAGUGAUUUUAUUUGUGGUAACACUGACAAUUGUCAAAGCAGAGGACCCAGUCGAUGUCUUGCAAAUACUGGACCUCCAGGACACCCUGGAUGGAGUCGUAACAGUCGCGGGAUUUUGCACACAUCGAAAAGGCUCCGAAGAGACAGAUCUUGCACUCCGGUUAGAAAACAAAACUCAUUUUAGCGCCCUGACAACGCAGUUAUUCCCAGAUGGACAUUUUCCAGAGAAUUUCUCCAUCCUAAUGACACUGAAGGCCAAGAAAAUGUCUCAGUUUUUCCUGCUGUCCAUUUACAAUGACCAAGGAAUACAACAGCUCGGGGUAGAGAUUGGGCGAUCUCCUGUCUUCCUUUAUGAGGAUCAAACAGGCAAACCAACCCCUGAGGAAUAUCCCAUCUUCAAAAAAAUUAACCUGGCUGAUGGCAAGUGGCACCGCCUGGCGAUCAGCGUUGAAGGGAAGAAUGUCACGCUGAUCAUUGACUGCAGCCAGCAGAUAUCUGAGCAUCUAGCUCGAAGUGACAAUCCAGAGAUCAGCACCAAUGGAAUCACCGUGUUCGGUACCAGGAUAUUGGAUGAGGAAGUGUUUGAGGGUGAUAUCCAGCAGCUGCUGCUGUCAGCAGACCCGAAAGCAGCUUACAGCUACUGUGAUCGCUACAUCCCCGACUGCGACAGCCUCCUACCAUACGCCCUGCGACUCCCGGACCCCGUCUACGAGGAGGAGACAGCCACCACCCGGCCCCGCCACAAAAAGAGGAGGAAGGGUCGCAAACGCUCUAGAAAGAAGGGCAAGGGCAGAUCAAAGAAAUCGAAAAAAAACCGCAGAAAGAAGAAGAAAGAUCGGGCCGCUCGGCAAAAAAUAGAAACUUUUGGGGUUGGGGAACAGGACAAGGAGCAGCCUCAACUAGAGGAAGCAGAGAAUAAUUACGAUUAUUUCCUUGGUGCGGAAUACUACACUGAUUUGGAAUCGGUCCUCCUCAACUCCUCUGCGAAUGCUGAGGUUGGAGCAGAAAACGUGACCGACCACGAGACCAUGCAAGAGGAACUCAUUGAAGAAUCUGAAGGUCCCUUUACAAGCGAGUAUGGAAUCGGACAUUAUGGUACAGAUAUCAACGAUUACUUCGAUGGAGACUAUGAUGACCGGUGGAAUGAGAGAUAUGGACCAGCUGUACGAGUUGAUAUACAAGAUACCCUGACGCCGAGCCUGAAAGGAGAGAAGGGGGAGAAGGGAGCGCCUGCAGUCAUUGAGCCUGGAAUGUUGCUGCCUGGACCUGCAGGACCCCAGGGACCUCAGGGUCUUCCAGGAACUCCAGGGCUGAAGGGUGUGCGUGGACAGCCUGGUAACCCAGGGCAACCGGGUCCACCUGGACGCCCUGGUCUCCCCGGAGUUGAUGGAAUACAGGGCCCUCCUGGGACCAUGCUGAUGUUGCCGUUCCAGUUUGGAGGCGAUGGUGUGAAGGGACCAGUUGUUUCACCCCAGGAAUAUCAGGCACAGUCCAUCCUUCAACAAGCAAGGCUUGCGAUGAAGGGCCCACCCGGUUCGAUAGGACUGACAGGCAGAUCUGGCCCGAUGGGUCUCCCUGGUAAUGAAGGUCAGAAAGGAGACGCUGGUGAGAUGGGGCCACAGGGACCUCCAGGCAUUCCAGGACCUCUGGGACCAACAGGAAGAUCCGGACGAAGGGGACGUCCUGGGGUGAAUGGAAUCCGUGGUUUACCAGGAGAGCCAGGAGUAAAGGGCAACAGAGGAUUUGACGGGCUCCCCGGACUGCCUGGAAAUAAAGGCGACAGGGGGAACUUUGGUCCAAAGGGACCACUCGGCCCAAUUGGAGAGAAUGGAGUACGGGGUGGCGACGGAUCAGUGGGACCGAGAGGCUUACCUGGUGAACCGGGACCACGAGGACUGCCAGGCCCGAGGGGACACGUUGGCAUGCCCGGACAGCAGGGAAUAACAGGUGCUGAUGGUCAUCCAGGUCAGAAAGGAAACUUGGGUCCUCAAGGUGAACCUGGACCUCCAGGACAGCAAGGCAAUCCAGGAGCUCAGGGUUUCCCAGGACCCCAAGGCCCCAUUGGACUUCCCGGGGAGAAGGGACCUCCAGGCAAGCAAGGUCUACCUGGUCUGAUUGGAGCAGAUGGCCCUCCGGGUCACCCUGGUCGAGAGGGUCCUGCAGGUGAUAAGGGGAAUGCGGGUCCUGCAGGUGCACAGGGUCCAGUCGGAUAUCCUGGGGUUCGAGGUGUCAAGGGUGCUGAUGGAGUCAGAGGACUGAAGGGACACAAGGGGGAGAAGGGCGAAGAUGGAUUCCCUGGUUAUAAAGGUGACAUGGGAGCGAAAGGGGACAGGGGUGAAGUUGGUUUAUUGGGCCAUCGGGGUGAAGAUGGUCUAGAAGGAAUCAAGGGUCAGAUGGGUCCGAUUGGCGAGGCCGGUCCCAAUGGGCCAUCUGGUGAAAAGGGAGCUCUCGGUGUUCCUGGCCUACCUGGGUACCCAGGAAGAAAAGGUCCAAAGGGUUCCACAGGAUUCGCAGGACCUCCGGGUCUGAGUGGAGAGAAAGGCAGAAGGGGUAGAGCCGGGCCGCCUGGAGUCCGUGGACAGCGAGGACCCACUGGUGAGCGAGGUGAGAGAGGGCACAGAGGAUCCCCUGGCAAGUCUGGCCCAAAGGGAAAUGCUGGCAACGAUGGCCCACAAGGCGCCCCAGGGGAGAAGGGACCACAAGGACCUCAAGGACCCAGUGGAUUCCCAGGACCCAAAGGACCCCCGGGUCCCCCUGGAAAGGACGGGAUCCCCGGCCAUCCCGGGCAACGUGGCGAGCCUGGUUUCCAAGGCAAGACGGGACCCCCUGGCCCCCCGGGAGUUGUGGGACCCCAGGGUUCGGCUGGUGACAGUGGGCCAAUGGGGGAGAGGGGACACCCUGGAGCUCCUGGACCUCCAGGUGAACAGGGUAUCCCAGGCACCGCGGGGAAGGAAGGGGGAAAGGGAGACCCCGGUCCUUUUGGAUCUCCUGGGAAACCUGGUCCUGACGGAUUACGGGGAUUCGCCGGUGCCCGGGGACUGCCAGGUGCUACGGGGCCUCCAGGACUGAAAGGAGCAGAAGGACCAAUGGGUACACCUGGACCGACGGGGUCCACAGGCGAACGUGGGCCGAAUGGUCCAGCUGGUGCUAUCGGCCUCCCUGGUCGACCCGGUAGUCCAGGGCCCCCAGGCCCUAUUGGAGAGAAAGGAGCCCCUGGCGACAAAGGCCUUCCAGGUCCUGCAGGUGAUGACGGUGUCCAAGGUCCCCUGGGUUUACCAGGUCCGACUGGUUCUCAAGGCCCGCCGGGAGAUUAUGGCGACAAGAAAGAAUCCAUUAUUUUUGAAAUGGCUGUUCCAUGGCCUGGUUUGACAAUUGAAAACAUAGCCAAAACAGGGAGCCCAGCCGAGGAGGGUCCCCCAGGACCCAUAGGAAUACAAGGUCCAAUUGGACACCCUGGUCCCAUUGGUUCUGACGGUGCCCCAGGUCCGAGAGGCUAUCAGGGAAUGCGCGGGCAGAAGGGUGACGAUGGAAUCCGUGGUUUGCCGGGCUCCGCUGGACCAGCUGGACUUCAGGGUCUGCCUGGUCCUCCUGGAGACAAAGGGGAAAGUGGAGACGUCGGGCCAAUGGGUCCACCCGGUCCUUCAGGAGUAAGAGGAGCUCCAGGCGCCAAUGGUGCCUCUGGUCCUUCAGGACGCCCAGGUGGUAUGGGCUCUCCAGGAUCAGUGGGUGAAAAGGGAGAGACAGGAGAAGCUGGAGACCCAGGCACACCGGGAGAACCAGGUAUCGCUGGUCCUAAAGGUGAAAUUGGUGAGAAAGGGGACACAGGUCCGUCGGGUACAGCAGGACCUGCAGGGGUCAAAGGUCCUCCAGGUGAAGAUGGUGCUAAAGGUGGUGUGGGUCCGGCUGGUUUUCCAGGUGAUCCCGGUCCAACAGGCGAGCCAGGUAUUCCGGGAAUAGAUGGUGUAGUUGGUGAAAAAGGCAGUCUUGGAGACCCCGGCAUGAUGGGUCCACGUGGUGCAUCUGGUGAGCCGGGCCCUCAGGGAUUGCCGGGAAAGAGAGGACCACCUGGACCUCCAGGGUCAGAGGGGCGAGAGGGUCUCAAAGGUGAAAAGGGCUCUCUGGGACAGGAAGGCCCAGUGGGCAGGACUGGGCCUAUAGGCCCACAAGGGUCACCAGGCAACAUAGGACCUGAAGGCCUCAGAGGGAUACCUGGCCCUGCAGGAGAACAAGGCCUCCAUGGACCCCCUGGCCAGGCUGGACCCCCAGGCCCAAUGGGUCCUCCUGGCAUGCCUGGUCUCCGGGGUGUUCAAGGAUUAAAAGGUGACAAGGGGCACAUUGGAUUAAUCGGUUUAAUAGGGCCUCCUGGUGAGAUGGGUGAGAAGGGAGAUCGUGGCCUUCCAGGAAUCCAAGGGGUACAAGGCACCAAGGGGGAUGUGGGUCUUGCAGGUUUGAGUGGUCCCAUAGGCCCGCCUGGAUCUCCUGGUUUACCAGGUCAACAGGGUUCAAAAGGUUCGAAGGGUUCUGAAGGACCAAUGGGAUUCAAAGGUGACACAGGACCCCCAGGCCUCCCUGGUCCACCUGGUCCACCAGCUGAGAUAAUACAGCCGCUGCCGAUAUACAGGUCAAAGACAAGAAGGCAUGUUGAGACUGAGCAAGCCGACAAUGCCGGGGGGAGUCCCCUUGACUACACAGAAGGGAUGGAGGAGGUCUUCGGCGCCCUAUCGUCACUGAAAGAUGAGGUGGAGCAGAUGAGGCGUCCAGUGGGGACGCAGAGUAACCCUGGCCGAACUUGUAAGGAGCUCCAACUCUGUCAUCCACACUUCAAGGACGGCGAUUACUGGAUUGACCCCAAUCAAGGCUGUUCUAAGGAUUCCUUUAAGGUCUUCUGUAAUUUCACCGCAGGUGGAGAAACCUGUAUUUUCCCCGACAAGAAGACUGAAGGGGUUAAAGUUGCAUCUUGGCAUAGGGACAAACCUGGAACCUGGUACAGCAAUUUCAAACGAGGCAAGCAGCUCAUGUACACUGACUCCGAUGGAAAUCCAGUCCACGUGGUCCAGAUGACCUUCCUGCGGCUUCUGAGUGCCAUAGCCCGGCAGAGGUUCAUCUACAAUUGCCAGCAGUCCAUAGGCUGGUAUGACGCUGCUGCAAAGAGCUACGAGAGAGCAGUGCGCUUCCGAGGGGCUAAUGACGAGGAGCUGUCACAGUCCAAGACCCCGUAUAUCAAUGCCAUCUAUGACGGCUGCAAACUGAGGAAGGGCUCUGACCACACUGUGCUGGAGAUUGAAUCGCCGCGUGUUGUUGACCUGCCCAUCAAAGAUGUCGCUGUGACUGACUUUGGAGAGCAUCAGCAGAAGUUUGGUUUUGAGGUUGGCCCUGUUUGUUUCAACAGCUAAACCUCAGAACCGCGUGCCACACUAUUUUCUCUCUCUCUCUCUCUCAUGUUUUUCUUUGCAAAAUGCACAUUUUUUUUGUAUUCUCUCUCUUGUCUCUAUUAAUCAUGCUGCAGAUGUUUUUUUUUAUUGUGUGAGAAUAACAAUAAAAUAAUUCCUGCCCUUGUGGGGCCAAAGUCUUAUGACCUUUUGAAGAGGCCAAGUCAGUGGUGGUUAUCUCUGGGUCAUUAUAAAUUCCACAAUUGUUUUGCCCCCGACAGUAGAUAACUGGAGAGUCUUCUUCCGAGUAAUUCCCGAUUGCUGGAGAGGACUAGUGCGCCAAAACACCUCCCUCCAAGAGGUGUCUUUUCUCCAGUAAGAUUCAACCUAGGACCUAGUUCCUCUGUCUCCUAACACACAGGCAUUUGCAAGUGCAGUGUUGAGCCAGGAGAUGACGUUAAGGAUUUGGAGCUGGUCCCUUGACACUGGUGGGCUCACACUGUUACCUUGGUAAUGAAACUGAGAAAGCCAAAUAUGAAGCUCUAACUAACACUGCGCAGGCUUCAGGCAGACGUUUUCCUGUGACCCCAUUGUAGCAAUGAAUUAAAAAUGCCCUUAAAUCAUGUAGAUUGAUCCUCUGUCAGCUAGUCUUUUUUUUGGAAGAGAAAACUCUCAAACUACGUUUUGACUGCAGUAAAGUUGCCUUAACCCCCUUCACCUCUUGGAUUCAGGGUCCACAAUGAAAUCUUUAGCACAACUCCUAUGUGUAACUGGGUGCUAGAUGUGCAUGGUAAUUAGCACAAGGCUCCACCCUGCUGCACAGAGAUUGACUGCACUCUGGUGUGUCCCUGCUUGCAACAGGAAACUUCUAGCAUCCAUUCAUGUGGAAAUACAGUGAGUCUGCAACCCAGGUACAGGCCAUUCCAUCUAUCAAAUAGUCUGUGCUAGCAUAUGCACUCCAUUUAUGUGGAAAUACAGUGAGUCUGCAACCCAGAAACAGGCCACUCGGUCCAUCAAAUGGUCGAUGCUGGCAUAUGUGGUCCACUUCAGUCUCCUACCUGCCAUAGCCCAACCCCCUCCCUUACACACACACCCACCCCCACUCCAUCCAAACCUCUUCGCUUCAUAAAAAGCCCUUUCCUUCAGGCAUUGGCAGUGGGUAAUUGUACUCGAGAUGAAAUGGGAUGGAAUAUUCAAUCCCCGGCUGCUUUGAGUCAGUUUGUGGAUCUACCUGUGUGUGAACAUGGGCUCCAUUUCACCCCAGCCGGCUAUAACUGCCCAUCUCGACCAACAGCAAAUCCCUCUACCUGCUGAGAAUGCUGUUCUGUCUUGGAAACUGGGCAGCCACUGUCUAAAUUUUAGAUUUUGACUCCUUCUGAGCCUUCCAAAGCUGACUCAUUGAUUCCACCGAAUAUUUUGUUUUCAGGCUGCCAUGUGAUUUAACACACGACAAAUCUUGUUCUUGCAAUAUGGAGUUGACUGGGGUUUGCAAAAUUGCAUCAGAGUUACUCCCAAGGGCAAAGUGACUAACUAUAGGUCAAUAUUAAACAAGAGGUGGAGUAAUUCCUUGUAAAAUUUCAACUCUGACUAAACAGCCAUCUUUUUGCAUUAAAGAAUCAAUUACUGAAUAACGUUGAUUAUAUUUUCGAUGGAGUUUGUGACAAUCCGGAACACCAUUUGGAUUCCAAUUUGGAAUUUGGAUGUUUCUUUGUGCCUUGUUCCUAUCAUCCCUCCAUUCAAACUGCCUCCUGUGUAAGUUAGUGGCAAAAGAAUCACAGGAGAGUUGAAGAGUUUUUUGUUAACAGAGUGAGUUGAGUUUUGGAACACACUUGGAGAGGCCAUGGGCCAGUGGUACAUCCUGUCAAUAGAAAGCAGUUCAAAUCCAACCCUGCAAUUGUCACUCCAGUCUCCUCUGACCCGUAGGAGUGGUGUUGGUCCAGUAGUAUUAUCACUGGACUAUUAGUCCUGGGGAUCUGGGUUCAAAUCCCGCUAGGGCAGGUAGUGGAAUCUGAAUUUGAUUUUUAAAAAAACUGAAAUUAAGGGUCAGACUGCAACCAGAAAUUGAUUGUCAGUGGAACCCUAAUGUCCUUUAGGGAAGGAAACUGCCCUACAUAUGACUCCAGACCCAGAGUAAAAUGGUUGACUUUUAACCGCCCUCUGGUGGUCAGCGACACUCUCAUCCCAUGAAUGAAUAAAUAAAGGCAAAAAAAACACUUCCUCGAAAAGGAUAUGGAGACAUGGUCAAUAGUCACUUCCGAUACGGAAUCGGGUAACCAUUUGAGGGAGGGAAAAGAGCUGGGGUGGUGAAAAGGGCAUGAGGAGAGUGUGAGACUAAUCGGAUCGCUUCUCCAAAGACCCAGCCCAGCCACAGUGAGCUGAACGGCCCCCUUCACUGAAUGGAAAGAACCCCAGGGCAAAAUAGCCCUUGUCUGGACAGAGUUCCCAUGCACGGUGCAGCAUGGUGGCUUAGUGGUUAGCACUGCUGCCUCGCAGCGCCAGGGACCCGGGUUCAAUUCCCAUCUUGGGCAACUGUCUGUGUGGAGUUUGCACGUUCUCCCUAUGUCUGCGUGGGUUUCUUCUGAAUGCUCUGGUCUCCUCCCACCGUCCAAAAAUGUACGGGUUAGGUGAAUUGGCCAUGCUAACAUUGCCCAUGGUCUUAGAUGCAUUAGUCGGAGGUUAAUGUAGGGGAAUGAGUCUUGGUGGGUUGCUCUUCGGAAGGUCGGUGUGGACUUGUUGGGCCGAAGGGCCUGUUUCCACACUGUAGGGAAUCCAAUCUAAUCUAAAUCUGAUCAACAUUGCAUCCAGAGGCAUAUCCUGUAAAAGUAAAGGCAAAGGUAUCACUGCUUAAAACCGUUGACCCAAUGGUGACCACCAAUUAUUGUAAAUGACUAAGUCUGCUCUGGUGGGAGCUCCAGUUUCCUUCCACAGUCCAAAGAUGUGCAGGUUAGGUGGAUGGGCUGUGCUAGAUCAUCCCACAGCAUGCAGAGAUGUGCAGGCUAGGUGGAUGGGCUGAGCUAGAUCGUCCCACAGCAUGCAGAGAUGUGCAGGCUAGGUGGAUGGGCUGUGCUAGAUCGUACCACAGCAUGCAGAGAUGUGCAGGCUAGGUGGAUGGGCUGUGCUAGAUCGUCCCACAGCAUGCAGAGAUGUGCAGGCUAGGUGGGUUAACCAUGGGGAACACGGUGAUAGGGGGAUAGGCUUGGGGGCUGGGUCUCGGCGUGAUGCUCUUCAGAGGGCAGGUGCAGACCCGAUGGGUCGAAUGCCCUCUUUCCGCACAUCUACAAAAUGGCUACUCAACCCCAACCUGUACUCUGUUCCUAUUGACAUACCUGAGGGAAGUCAGAAGGUGGUUGACGUGGGAAUUGAGAGAAUCAGAUCAGAACCCUUGGCGAUUUGAAGGUGUGGGCUUUUGGAGGGAUUCAAGACAUGGGCAAGUUUUUUGAUGAUGCCUGAUGAAUGAUUGGCAGUUUCCCUUGAGGUUUCUAGGGUGGGGUGG